AUGCAUGGAGUAAAACAGAAAUGGACAAGACACUGCGUACACCUGUCAGUCGAUCCGCUUGAUCAUCUUGCAGAAUCGACAAAGGAAGAUAUCAUGACAUUUUUGGAGUGGAUGCUGGACUCGCAUCGAAGAAUUCGCAAGAGAAGCACCGUUCAUGCCUACAAAAGAAUUCUUUUCCAGGUGUGCCGGAAGUCUGUUGGAGUUGAUUUUAGCAAGCAGGCGAACGAAGAGAUCAAUGACUAUAUCAACGGGUAUCUAACUAUUCGUUACAAGCUCGACACGUCGGUGAACGAGAAGCCCGUCAUGGGCGUCGACGACGUGUAUCUUGUGCAGCAUCAUCAUUGGGUCCAUGACACUUCAGUCUUCCCUGAUGAGCGCCAGCGCAUACAAUUAGCCUUCCUGAUUUUGCUUCAAGCGUAUACAGCCACACGCCCCAGAGUACUUGCAUACAAGCGACUCGACAAAAACGCCGUCAACGACCAUUACUUCGGUUGUGAAGAUGAAGCGACUCAGGUGGAAUGUGCGGAUGAAUUUGACCCAAAAGAGGAUGAUUUCAAGACAAUUUGCUACAGGGAUGUCCAGCUGCUCCUCCUCAAAAACCCAGAUGGAGGAAGAGACCUUCCAGCCAUGGAGAUGACGCUUAGGUACACGAAAGGCUGGGAGCGAAGAGAAAACCCAAAAACUUUCAUCUUCUACGAAGUCGACGACUUGUUGUUUGAUGCCGUGCUUCAUCUUUUGGCCCUUGCACUUCUCGACCAAGCAUUCGAAGCGAACAUUCAGAAAGUGGACGACUUCUAUCGAAUCAGGAUCCUGAAUCCGUACUGCAUUCGCCGAGGGUCAGGGGAAGCGGUUGAGACGCAGCUGCAACAAGUCAUGUGCCACAUCAACGCGGCAACUUACCAAGCCUACAUCAAUCAGAGGGUUCAGUGCGACACGGUAGCGGCGUUUCUGGGUCGCCCCUCAAAUAAGGCAUUGUUGAAAGCGGCCGGCCACAUGAGCCGGCAUGCUGAUCCCAGGGCACCAACCGACGCCAGUGCCAUCGAGCUGAGGAAGAUUAAGACGAAUCCCACGCUUGUCGGCCUCAUCGGUCUUCGCGAUUCUCUCAGUAACGAGGUCCGUCGCGAGUCAAGAACAAUCAAGGAGGCCGAGGAAGCUGGCACGCGGCUGUUCGAGAUGUAUCGCACGGUAGAGAACAAAGAUCUUGGCAACCUCACCAAUCCUACAGCUUGGAAGAACGAAGACUUUUAG